CGACGUGGCAUGUUCUCUGAGCCGACGGGUCCCCAGAGCCCGCCCGUGACCAUGGAGGCCAGAAAGUUCUGGCUGCUGGUGAUGGUCCUGCCCUUGGUGUCCUCCAGCUCUACUGGGCAGUACGUGGGCCUGUCGCCGAACCAGUGCAAGGUCCCGGCCAAGGACAGGGUAGACUGCGGCUACCCCGAGGUCACCCCCGAGCAGUGCAACAACCGGGGCUGCUGCUUCGACUCCAGCAUCUCCGGGGUGCCCUGGUGCUUCAAGCCCCUGCAGGAAACAGAAUGCACCUUCUGAGGCCAUGCUGCUGCCGGACGGGUGGGAGGGGGACUCUCUGCCUGGUGCUAGAGCCGCUCCUGUUCUAUCACCUGCUCCCGGCAAGCACCGCCCCUAAUGUGCGAGGCCUGAUGCCUUAAAGAAUAAAGCUCCCGUACUCAGCAUGA